GUCAAGAUUCAGGCUAGGAAUAGGCUCGGACUUCGCCGACUAAACUUUAGGUUUUCAUAUACAGGCUCCCGCAUCAAUCAAAACGCUGGAUUUGGUUCUAGUCUUCUUCGACUCCAGCAGUUACGCGGGAACCCCGUAUUCGUCUCUGAAGGUUUAAAAGAACAAAAAACUCUCAUCCUCUUCCAUAGAUAAGCAACAAUGGCGACCCGGGACGGUGGUAUCAAGGCCACCUCAAUAAACGGCGUUAAGUUGUAUACUAUAGCAUCCCAGCAACCCUCACGUGCUUCAUGGCUUCCUUCCAAGAAGCAGAAGUCUCAUCGAAAGAUAAAGAGUUACACGGAAAACAUGCAACUGCUGCAAGAUUUGAGGUUUGAAAAUGCAACAACAAAGAUUAAGGCAACUCCUGAUGGGGAGUAUCUCAUAGCAUCAGGUAUAUAUCCACCUCAAGUAAAAGUAUAUGAGGUUAGGGAACUUGGACUGAAGUUUGAAAGGCACUUAGAUUCCGAGAUUGUUGAUUUUCAGGUUUUAAGCGAUGACUAUUCAAAACUUGCAUUUUUAUGUGCUGAUCGAUCAGUUUCUCUCCAUGCCAAAUACGGAAAACAUUAUAGUUUGCGAAUACCAAGGAUGGGUAGGGAUAUUACUUAUGAUUGCUGGUCCUGUGACUUGCUUUGUGCUGCCUCUUCACCAGAUUUAUACAGAAUUAAUUUACAGCAGGGACGAUUUCUCCCCUCCCUUUCCACACAAUCCCCAGCUUUGAAUGUUGUAUCUCGAAGCAAGCUUCAUGGUCUAGUUGCUUGUGGUGGUGAAGAUGGUGCUGUGGAAUGUUUUGAUAUGCGAGAGAGAUCUUCAAUUGGUAGAAUUGAUGCCAGUGGACCAAGUGGUGAUGUUGACCAGGAGGUCACUGCAAUAGAGUUUGAUGAUGGAGGUUAUUUAAUGGCUGUUGGAACUAGUGCAGGGAAGGUUCUCAUCUAUGACUUGCGCUCAUCACAUCCUAUACAAAUUAAGGAUCACAUGUAUGGAAGUGCCAUAUUGGAUAUUAAGUGGCAUCAUACUCUUAAUUAUGAACGACCAAAGUUGAUUACCAGUGAUAAGCAUGUUGUUAGAAUAUGGGAUCCUGAAUCGGGAGAAGGCAUGACCAGCAUUGAACCAACUGCAGGAAUAAUAAAUGAUGUAUGUACAUUCAGUGGUAGUGGUUUGAUCCUGCUGGCCUUGGACUGCAGCCAAAUCCCAUCUUACUUUAUACCAGCCCUUGGACCUGCUCCCAAGUGGUGUUCUUCCCUAGAAAAUUUUACGGAGGAGUUAGAUAUGGGUGGACUAGCAACUAUUUACGAUUAUUAUCAAUUUUUGACGAAAGAAGAACUUGAGAGGUUAAAUUUGACCAACCUAAUUGGUACCAAUCUACUCAGAGCCUACAUGCAUGGCUUCUUUAUUAAUUAUUCAUUAUACAAAAAGGCAAAAGCACUGGCAGAUCCUUUUGAAUACGAAUCAUAUAUCGAACAGCAGAAGCAAGAAAAACUGGAAGCUGAGCGUGCUUCACGGAUUACGAUUAGAAGAAAAUUGCCAAAAGUUAAUCGGGCCCUUGCAGCUCGCCUUCUUGAAAGUGAAGAAGCUGAAAAUGAAAAGGAUACUGACGAUGAUGAAGCUAAAAAGGUUUCUAAGAAAAAGAAGGGGCUUAGCAUGCAAGAUCUUAGAGAUGAUCGAUUUGCUGCAAUGUUUACGAACAAGGAUUACGAGAUUAAUCCAUCCUCACUAGAAUAUCUGGCUUUACAUCCCAUGGCUUCUUCUAAGAAGCAAACUUCCUUACUGAAGGAGCAUUUUGAGCCCGUCAUGUCCGAUGAAGAUCAGAGUUCAAGUGAUUCUGAUGGGUCGGCAUCCUCAGAAGAUGAAUCUGCAAGUAAACUGAAAUCUAAACCUCAGGUCCCAAGAAUGUAUGAAAUCAAGAAUGAGUUGCAUGCAGAGGCAUUCUGGAAGCGGAAGUCCCUUGCAGAGGAGGACUCGCUUCCAAUGGGAGACAGAGUAGCCGCUUUGAAAGACGGCGAAAGGUCUUCUGCUAUGUCGGAUGGUGUGAAGAUGGGGCCCGGAGGUUCACGAGAGAUUACAUUUACCACUAAAAGCUCAGCCAAGUACAAGGAAGACGAAGAAGACCAACCUCGCAAGAGAAGGGGAGUUCAGUCCUUGGGGCUUCAGCCAAACAAGUCCAGUUUCGGUCAAGGGAGAGGGAGAGGGAGGGGCGGCAGAAAUCGUCGGUAGUCACCUUUUUUGUGAAUCGUCGGUAGUGACUUGUCACUUUUUGGGGUUUUGUAUUGCUGUGAGGAGUAAGCUGCUCGGGGAUUCUGUCCUAAUUGUUUACAGGUUUGUUGUAUUUUUUCUAUCUAAAUAUUAUAUUAGCAAAGAUUGAUAAUGUAUUUCUUCAAUACCACUUGUCAAAUUUUGAAAUUCAGAACGAUUUCGGCUUUAAUUUUCAACACAAUGCCUGUUUGAUAUUUGUAUAUUUUGGAAAAAGAACAUAGGUCAUUUGUGAUGUUUAAUAUGUAAUGAAGCAUUUUGAAUGACGAAAGUAAUUUUGUUGUU